CAAGCGGGCCUCACUUUGGGUCAGCCAUAGUCUGUGCGCAACUUAGAAGGACUGAGGGUGACAAAUCGCUCCAAGCAUGGCCGCCGUUCAUCGUCUGGUUAUCGUCCGUCACGGGGAGAGCGCCUGGAACCAGGAGAACCGCUUCUGCGGCUGGUUCGACGCCGACCUGAGCGAGAAGGGUGUGGAGGAGGCCACGCGAGGAGCCAAGGCCAUCAAAGAUGCGGGCAUGAAAUUCGACAUCUGCUACACGUCCGUGCUCAAACGUGCCGUCAAGACCUUGUGGACCAUCAUGGAGGGAACGGACCAGAUGUGGCUGCCCGUCAUCCGUACGUGGCGCCUCAACGAGCGCCACUACGGAGGCCUCACCGGUCUCAACAAGGCCGAGACGGCCGCCAAGCACGGAGAGGAGCAGGUGAAGAUCUGGCGUCGUUCCUUUGACAUCCCACCUCCGCCUAUGGACAAGGACCACGCUUACCACUCCAUCAUCAGCGAGUCCAGACGCUACAAGAACCUGAAGCCCGGCGAGCUGCCGUCAUGCGAGUCGCUCAAGGACACCAUCGCAAGGGCUCUGCCUUUCUGGAAUGAAGUCAUCGUGCCUGAAAUCAAAGCUGGAAAGAAUGUCAUCAUCGCAGCCCAUGGCAACAGCCUGCGUGGAAUCGUCAAGCACCUUGAAGGUAUGUCCGACGCCGCCAUCAUGGAGCUGAACCUGCCCACGGGAAUUCCCAUCGUGUACGAGCUGGAUGCUAACCUGAAGCCCGUGAAGCCCAUGUCCUUCCUGGGCGACGAGGAGACGGUGAGGAAGGCCAUGGAGGCCGUGGCCGCUCAGGGCAAAGUCAAGAAGUGAGCUCUCGCCCCAGAAGCCCGACAAACGAGACUGUCCUUACCUCCAAUUUGAACAUCCAUCCAUCUUUGGAGUCCAUUCCAACAUGGGGACACUUGUCUCCUGUUUGCUCCAAAAGACGACCUGUCAACUCAAAGAAGCAGAGCCACAACACAAACUCAAGACGUGCACAUCCCUCAGUUGUUUUAAGUUGUGGCCACCACCAAUAAAGAAACCACAUUUUAUAUAAUACAAA